GGCAGGAAGGUUCCCGAAGCAUCUGGAACAAGCCCCGAGAAAGCAGAAGACGAGUCAGAAUUGGAGUGCACGCCACGCGGACCAUCCCCCUCCAAAUCAAUCUCCCUCGCACUGCGUGCGCGUGCCUCGCCCGGAGAUCUCGGCAGCAACCGAUCCAUCCGUCGUCCGUCGGGGGAGGUAGAGUGGGAGAUAUGGAUGAGCCGGCGACGGCGGAGAAGGCGUCGUCGUACAGGUACUGGGUGCGGGAGGCCACCGGCGACGCCGCGCCGCUCCCCGUCCCCCGCAAGCUCGACCCCGCCGCCGCCGCCGCCGCCAACGGCAAUGGCAACCCGCCGCCCCUCGGAUCCGUCUGGAAUCAGGCUGGAACCUGGGAGGAAAAGAACCUCAACUCAUGGGCUAAUAGUAGGAUAAAGGAUUUGCUGGGUUCCAUAGAUUCAUUGGAAUUCCCCACAGGGAAGGCAUCCAUUGAUGAUGUGUCCAAAUGCUCAGGCGAUGCAUUUCAGGUCAUGGUCCGUAAUAAGAAAAGAGUUGGGUAUAAUUAUGAACUGAGCUUGAAAUUCCGAGGUGAAUGGUUAAUUAAAGAAGAAAACAAGAAGGUCAAAGGCCAUUUAGACAUUCCUGAGUUUUCAUUUGGCGAGCUUGUAGACUUGGAGUUACAAGUAAGGUUCAGCGAUGACAAGGGCCUCGCAUCCGACGACAAAGCACGGAUUUGCAAGGAUUUGAAGUCCUUCCUUACACCUAUUCAGGAGAAACUGCGCAUGUUUGAAGAAGAGCUCAAAGGUAGAUAGCGACGACCAGCAAGAGUCGGCAGUGCUAGGCAAAAUUAACUGGCGCUGCUUUCUCAGCGUUAGCGUCAUUCGUGAAAGACCAUCUGUGCUAGAUAACUAAGCAUAUCGAAACUAUAGGUCGCCUUGUGAGUGUGUAUUGUGUAAUCUUCUACAGUCAUCACAUGUCCUUGGAUGACUGAGAAUGCAUGUGCACUAAUGUUAUGAACUCGUCGAGACGAACACAAAUGGUUGAAAGAAUCUCAUGAUUCUCCCUUCUUUUCA